AUGAGCAAACCAAAAUUCCUAAUCUAAUUUACUCGGAAAGAAGCAAGAUAAUAAGCCGAUAAACUGAUAGAAGUGGAAGCGAUGAAUAAUGUUGAGUAAGAGAUACAGCUCUUAGAGAACAAUGACGUAUGGAAACUGAAACCACUCAAGAUUAUUUAGAAAGUAGCCAUUUUCAUAACAAAAAUGAAACAUUUCUCAACGCAGUACAGGUUUAAAAUUUUGAACAAGGACAUUUUCAAUUUGAUACACGACCUUAGUAGCUCAUUUUAAUACUAUCUGUAUAAUGGCCUCUUGUAAACUAAAUCUACUAGAUAUGGUGAAGUUAAAUACGAGCAGAAACAGAAAAAUGAAUUUUGGUGGAGAAUAUGGACUUUUCUUAAGAGUAAUCAAACAGUUCUUUUGCCAGCAGAUAAAUUUCUAUUUGUUUGGGAUGUAAUCUUGAUGUUUGUAACAAUUGUCAAUAUUCUCUACGUUCCCCUUCAGUUGUCAUUUGAUUUGAAUAAGGAAUAGAUAGGAAAUGCGUAUCUAUUAUUCAGCACAAUACCAAGUUGCGUAUUCUUGAUGGAGUUAAUUCUCAACUUCUUCAAGGGUUAUUAUGCAAGAGGAAUCUUACACACUUCAAAGAAGGAUAUCUUUUGGCAUUACAUUAAAGGAGAGUUCUUCCUUGAUUUAAUAGUUGUGUUACCGUUUAUAAUUUCUUGGUUCGGAUAUUAAUUUGCUAACUAUUUAAUGUUAAUCAGAAUGACUAAAGUCAGAAGGACGAUGGUGGUGAUAGAAGAAAUCUCAAAUUUCAAAGAAAAAACAGCUGUAAUAUACUCUUUAUUUUGUUUAAUCUACUCAUUGUUGUUGAUAUCUCAUUUUUGUGCUUGUUUAUUUCAUUACUUUGCCAUUUUGGAAGUAGACUUUGGCUAUUCACACACGUGGUUACAUCAAUAGGAUAUUUAUGAAGCCAACGCAUAUGUGAAAUAUUUUACAUCUCUUUAUUGGGUGACCAUAACUUCUAUGACAGUUGGAUAUGGAGACAUCAUACCAGUUACAACACCAGAGAAAAUAUUGGUAACUUGUUUUACAUUUUUGGUCGUUGGAACGUUUGGUUAUGCGUUGGGGAUGAUUUAAAGCAUCUUUUAUAAGUUGGCGGAAUAAUAGAAUAUCAACAACUCUAAACUUAGGCUUGUGAGUAAUCACAUCAAGUAAAGAGGGUUGAAUACUUAAUUGUAAUUUAGAGUAAGGAAAUAUAUAGAGUACUACUUAUAAUUUAAGUAGGAGGAGGAAUUGGAUUUGGAUGAAUUGAUGGGGUAAUUGAACCCAAAAUUAAAAUAAGAGGUCCAAAUAGCAAUGUAUUAUAGUUAUUUUAAGCAGUCUAAAAUAUUUGGAUAAAACUUGUCAGAUGAGACUCUGAUGAAGUUAUGCUUCUGCGUACAUGAAAAGACUUAUGCUCCAGAAGAAUUCAUAAUUAAGAAGGAUGAUUAUUCUGAUAAGGUGUAUAUACUGUUGGCUGGGAAAGUGAAGUCAGUUUUGUUAGAUAGAACAAUAAAAACAUAUACAAGUGGAAAGUUAUUUUGUGAAAGAGAGUUCUUUUUCUAGGAUUACAUGCAAUUCGAUAUUGUAGCUUAAACUUUUGUCUAGGUUGCAUAUAUUACUUAGAAUGAAUUCUUAUCAAUCUUGUAGAAAGACAAAAGUCAGUAUGAGAAGUACAGACUUAUUCUCGAUAAGACUCAAUUUGGAGAUAAUUCUACUCAAAUAAAAUGUGAGGCCUGUUCUAGUCAUCAUCAAUUCAAGCAUUGUCCACUAUUAUUCUUUAGAAAAAACAGAAACAAAGUCAUAUCAGCCUACAACUGCAACAUUGAUCACUCAAGAGAAUAAUUUAUUCGAUAAAGAAAAAGAAAGAGGGUCAAGUUGUUUCAUGUUAGAGAAAAGGCCUUAGAGAAAAUGCUGGAUCUUCAAAAAUCAAUACUCUAGGUUGAUACCAAACAAUUAAUAAGGUUAGGAUUUCCAAAAUUGGAGGAAGAGGAGAUCGAAUAAUCUGAGUAGAUAAUUGGAUUGCAUUCUCAUCAGUAAUCUCUCAAUUAGCAAGAUAUCAAAAAUUUAUUUAGGAAUAAGUUAUUCCCAUAAUUGAGUAAUAGAAGUCUUUUAAUAUCGAAUAAUAAUGUCAACAAUUAAUUUACUCCUAACAACAACUAAAAUACUAAUUUGGAAAUCCAGGAGGAUCCUCAUCCAUAAAUAUCAUAUAUUGAUCUAAACAUAGACAAGGUGUAAGUAUUUGAAAAAUACUAUCCUCAUUUCAACAUAACCAAGGUGGCUAAGUUAAUAAACAACUAUCAUAUUUAUGCCAAAGUCUUAAAGAAGAUUAGAGGUCAUAAGAAUAAAUUUGCUCAUUACAUAGCUCGUUAAAUAAUGUAUAAAAUAAUAUGA